AUGGGAAAUAACUAAAAAUAAAGGAAGUAAUAGAAUAAAACAUCAAAUAUUCUAUAAGAUUUAAUGAAAUCUAACUUGAAAGCUCAAACUCAUAUUGACUUGCAGUUAAAAAACUGCACCCUUAGUAAUAAAUAAGUUGCUUAGCUUAACAAUUCUUUACUAAAAUGUUAAAAAUUAGAAUCUUUAGUAUUAAAUCUUAAGUAAUCAUUUAACUUUAUUAUCUUAAAUUGCAUAAUUAUUUUUGCUAUCAAUCUAACAUGUAGCAAGGAAAAUACUUCUGAUGAUUAAAUAAAUAAAUUAUUUACUGAAUAUUCCUUCAUAAAGAACUUUGUUGAAACUGAUGUGAGUAAUGAUUAAAAACACUCCCAAAUUUUGUUUUUCCUAAAUUUAUUUUACAAAGGAGAACAUGAUUGCCAAGAACUUAGAUUAAAAAAUAUCGAAGCUUAAGGAAAUAUUCUAUUAGAAGAAACUAUGAGCAAUCUAAUUAAUCUUAUCAGUUUAUAGCUAAAUUUAGAUGGAAAUUAAUUUGGAGAUGAAGGUGCAGUUUGGAUUUGCAAAGUAUUACAUAGAUGCAAAACGCUUAAUAGCUUAAAUCUGCAGCUUUGGAAAAAUAAAAUAGGUGACAGAGGGAUAUCUUGUAUUGCAGAAAGUAUUAGUAGUUGUGCUAAACUCACAACUUUAACUUUAAAUGCAAGUGCAAAUUUAAUUGGAAAAGAAGGUGCACUUUCUUUUAGCAAGACAUUAAGUAGAUGUAAAAUGUUGACUCAUCUAGAUAUUAAUCUCUCUUGUCAAUAAUUUUUAUUUAUAUAUGUGCAAUAAAUAUGGUCGGUGAGGGAAUUAACUAAAUUCAAAUUAUUUUUUAUAAAAACAAAUAAUAAAAUCGGUGAUAAAGGAGCAUAAAAUAUUGGAUUAGGUUUGAGUAACUGCACUCACCUUACAAAUUUAGAAUUUAGCAUAAGCAAAAAUUAAAUUGGGGAUGAUGGAGCUUCUACUAUUGGUACAGCACUUGGUAACUGCAAAUUUCUAACGAAUCUCACAUUUUAGAUUUGCGAAAAUUAAAUUGGGGAUGAUGGAGCUUCUACUAUUGGUACAGCACUUGGUAACUGCAAAUUCCUAACGAAUCUCACAUUUUACAUUUGGGACAAUAAAAUUGGUGAUAAAGGAGCAUAAAAUAUUGGAUUAGGUUUGAGUAACUGCACUCAACUUACAAAUUUACAAUUUAGCAUAAGGUAAAAUUAAAUUGGGGAUGAUGGAGCUUCUACUAUUGGUACAGCACUUGGUAACUGCAAAUUCCUAACGAAUCUCACAUUUUACAUUGGGGACAAUAAAAUCGGUGAUAAAGGAGCAUAAAAUAUUGGAUUAGGUUUGAGUAACUGCACUCAACUUACAAAUUUAGAUUUUAGCAUAAGCAAAAAUUAAAUUGGGGAUGAUGGAGCUUCUACGAUUGGUACAGCACUUGGUAACUGCAAAUUCCUAACGAAUCUCACAUUUUGCAUUGGGAACAAUAAAAUUAGUGAUAAAGGAGCAUAAAAUAUUGGAUUAGGUUUAAGUAACUGCACUCAACUUACAUAUUUAGAAUUUGCCAUAGAGUAAAAUUAAAUUGGGGAUGAUGGAGCUUCUACUAUUGGUACAGCACUUGGUAACUGCAAAUUCCUAACAAAUCUCUCAUUUUACAUUGGGGACAAUAAAAUCGGUGAUAAAGGAGCAUAAAAUAUUGGAUUAGGUUUGAGUAACUGCACUCAACUUACAAAUUUAGAAUUUGCCAUAGACAAAAAUUAAAUUGGGGAUGAUGGAGCUUCUACUAUUGGUGCAGCACUUGGUAACUGCAAAUUCCUAACGAAUCUCAUAUUUUGCAUUUACGAAAAUUAAAUUGGGGAUGAUGGAGCUUCUACUAUUGGUACAGCACUUGGUAACUGCAAAUUCCUAACGAAUCUCUCAUUUUACAUUGGGGACAAUAAAAUUGGUGAUAAAGGAGCAUAAAAUAUUGGAUUAGGUUUGAGUAACUGCACUCAACUUACAUAUUUACAAUUUGCCAUAGACAAAAAUUAAAUUGGGGAUGAUGGAGCUUCUACUAUUGGUACAGCACUUGGUAACUGCAAAUUCCUAACGAAUCUCACAUUUUGCAUUUAGGACAAUAAAAUUGGUGAUAAAGGAGCAUAAAAUAUUGGAUUAGGUUUGAGUAAAUGCACUCAACUUACAAAUUUAGAAUUUGCCAUAGUUUAAAAUUAAAUUGGGGAUGAUGGAGCUUCUACUAUUGGCACAGCACUUGGUAACUGCAAAUUCCUAACGAAUCUCUCAUUUUACAUUGGGGGCAAUAAAAUCGGUGAUAAAGGAGCAUAAAAUAUUGGAUUAGGAUUAAGUAACUGCACUUAACUUACAAAUUUAGUUUUUAACUCUAACUCUGAUAAUGAGGAGAAGUUUCUAAAAUUAAGAUAAAUUAUCAACUGUAAAAAUAUAAAGUUAUUGAAUCUAUUUAUAAAUCAUUUGCCUGAAUAAAUAAAAGCAGAAAUUAAAAGAUUAGCUUAAAAAAUAAAAAGAUUAGUAAAAUUAAAAAUAGAUUGA